AUGUUUUGAAGUGGCUCGAAAGUGCGUGGUAUCACGAAAUUGGAAUGUAUAACAAGGUACACGAGUGAUUACAAUGGAAAGAGUAAAUGCGAAGGAUUAACCUAAACUUGAAAAACCCCGAAGGGCGAUUCGUAUGCAAAAGGGUCAUAUUGAUCUUCUGAUACACCAUGUCUCGUCUACUGCUUGGCAAUCUCACGUCGUUACCACAAAGCAUAUUAUCCAAAAAUGGAUAUAAACAAAUACAUCAUUCUUGCAAAGUUCUGGUAGUUGGAGGUGGCACUGCUGGCUGUUUGAUGGCUGCAAAAUUAUCAAGAAAGCUCAAUGAUCCGAAGCAAGUCAUUGUGGUGGAACCCAGUGACGUACAUUACUAUCAACCCUUGUUUACUUUGAUUGGUGGAGGCAUUAGUCCUUUUAAGUCAUCAAGAAGAUACAUGAAAGACGUCUUGCCUAAAAAUGCAAGGUGGAUAAAAGCUUCCGUUGUCGGAUUCCAACCGGAUGUCAACAAAGUGAUGACACAUAACGGGGAUACUAUAGAGUAUGAAAUCAUGAUUGUUGCACUAGGCUUGCAAUUAUACUGGGAUAAAGUUUCAGGUUUGAUAGAAAGCUUACAUAAUCCCAAUUUUCAAGUCUGUUCGAUUUAUGGACCCGACACAGUGUCCCAAGUCUACGAGAAUGUUAAAAAAACAUCGUCGGGAACUGCGAUAUUUACAUUUCCGAAUUCGCCAGUCAAGUGUCCAGGUGCGCCGCAAAAGAUCGCCUACAUCGUUGAGGACUACUUCCGCAAACAUAAUCUGCGAAGCAACAUUGAUGUCGUAUAUAACACAGCGUUACCAGUUAUCUUCGGAGUUAAAAAGUACGCCGAUUCCCUCUGGAAUGUUUGCAAGUCAAGGGAUAUCACCGUGAAUCUCCAAACAAAUCUCGUGAAAGUGGAUCCAGACAAACGGCAGGCCACGUUCGAGAAAUUAAACUCGCCAGGAGAGACAUUAGUGCAGGAGUACUCCCUGCUCCACGUGACGCCUCCAAUGGGACCUCCCGCAGUAUUGAAGGAACACUCAAAGUUGACCAAUGAGGCUGGAUUUCUCUGUGUCGAUCCCAAAACAUUGAGGCAUACUCGAUACUCGAAUAUCUUUGGCCUAGGCGAUUGCACGAAUACGCCGAAUUCUAAGACGAUGGCCGCAGUAGCCGCGCAGGGGAAGGUAUUGUAUCAGAACAUCUUGGACGACCUGGCUGGUAAACCGAUGACGAUGGUCUACGACGGUUAUGCGUCAUGUCCAUUGGUCACUGGUUACGGCAAGUGCAUUCUGGCAGAAUUCGACUACAAUCUGCAACCAAUGGAGACCUUCCCGGUGAAUCAGGGCAAAGAGUACUACUUUACGUUUCUGCUAAAGAAGUACAUGUUCCCGUUCAUAUACUGGCACUUGAUGUUAAAAGGCUAUUGGAACGGACCGGAAUUCUUCCGUAAGUUGACCAAGGCUCUAAAGAAAGACUAGUACUCGAUGUAAAAAGAAGCUGAAAAAAAUAUACCCGGUGCCUUUUACAGUUUAUGAUAAAGUAAUAUUUUAUAACAUGGCUUGAACGUCAAGUUAUCUAAUGUAUAUAAAUAAAUGUAUAUUUGAAGAUAA